UGAACAUGUUGGGAGUUGGCAUUUUGUAUUUGUGUGUUCUCUCGGCCUCGUCGAACAUAAAUGGCGGACUUGUCGGUGAGAUACCUUUUGAAGAGUUUCAUUUUAACUUAAGUGUACUUUAUAGUCUUGAUAUUAGGGAAUUCAAGUUUUCACCACAGCGAGGCUUGGCAAAACAUAGCUUUCGAAUUAACUUUUGUCUCUCCUAAGUAAUUGACGAGUGGCUCGAUGUUUUCACUGUCGCUAACGGUGCUAGAUUUUCCUUACAGCAUGGCAAGGGAAAGCGGCCUACAGUUCGAAGUCAGAAAACGUGAAUAAUUAGUCAUUGGGGUUACUUUUUCGAAUAGUUGAGCGAUGUCGUUCGCGUUCUUGUUUUGCCGAGGACGGCCAGGAAACUUAUAAAGUUAUAAAACACACGAGCUGAGUCAUUCGGUUCAUGAAAUCUUUUAUUUCGCCACCCUCUAGUUGCCAUCGCCGUCGUAGUUUUCUUGGAUCAUGUGUACUGCGGGUGGUGUCUGCCGAUGUAUCGUUUGACGCAUCGGUCGAUAGUCGGUCAAUAAACAUAUCAACUAUUGAUCGAGACUCGGCCGAUAUACCGACCGCUAGGAAGCCUGUAGACUAGGUGUAAUUUUUCGCGUUCUGCUGGCGGAGAAAGACACUCGAGUAGUAUAAGGCCUGGGUUUUAUCUUGGUUCGAGACCCCCAGCAGAGUAAUAAUAAUAAUAAUAGUAAUGACUUUAUUUAUAUAGCGUCUAUAUCACUAAUUGCUCUAGGUGCUUAACAAUAUCUCAAAAUGUAUUAAAAAACACAAAAAAUCUAACAACGACAUAUAUAAGCAUGGAAAUUAAAUAGAAAUAUAUUUACAAAUCAAAAAAGGCUUGGUGAAUUAAAUAUGUCUUUAAGGGUUUUUUGAAAGAAUUCAAGGAAUUGGCAUUCCUUAAAGAUGCGGGUAUGCCGUUCCAUAAUUUAGGUCCUGCAAUAGAAAAUCUUUGAUCACCUUAAGACUUAAGCUUAGAUCUCAGGACUUGAAGUAACUUAUUCGAACAAGAACGCAAAGAGUAGGAGCUGGUACAAAAGCUGAGCAAAUUGGAUACAUAACUUGGUGAAAGUCCAUUGAUCGCCUUAUAUACUAACAAUAAGAUUUUAUAAGUAAUACGGUAUUCAACAGGCAACCAAUGUAAAUCUAUUAAAAUGGGAGUUAUAUGUUCAUACUUCUUUGUGAAUGUUACAAUGCGCGCUGCCUUAUUCUGAACUAGCUGUAGGUGGUUUAAGAGAGCUUUAGGUUUCAUGCUAUUCAAUUGAAGAGUGGUAACACGGCGGCCGAUCUACGAUUAGAAUGUUCACAUCCUCGAGGAAGAUAAGAUCGAUUUCUAGCCUAAAUUUUUCAGAAGACGCUGUUUUUUCGCAGAUGUCAGAUUUACAGUUGAGGUGAGUGUUGUUUUUGUGUUGUUUUUUCAGAAAUAAGCUCUAAUUUGCUGUAGCUGCGAAUUUACAAACGCAUGCACCAUUAAUUAAGAGCGUUCAAGGAAAAUGCAUUUUUUUGGUUUACUAAACUAGGGUUUUAAUUUUCUAUUUAGUAUACUUGGGAAAGUUUCAUUCUCAUCAGUAUGGGAUGAGGGUAAAAUUUAUAAUCCUCGAUGUGUAACCUUUCCCAUAGAGUAGAUCGCAUUUGUUUGUUUAUCAAAUCUGAAAACAGUGGUAUGUUCAAUCCCAAGUCAAAAAUUUCACAGUAAUCUGCAGCACAACACUUUUCUAGGCAACAUCAAAAUGAGACUGCUGUGAGUCCUAUGAGCUUCAACAAAGAGAAUUUAUCAAUUAAGCUACAAUGCUUUUACUUUUUGAAUUAAUGAGGAAAAUAAAAGCUAUACUUACACAGUUGUGUUCUUACAGUCAUGUACAGUGAAAAAUAGAUUUUGGCUGAAUUGAUCAUGAGAGACUCGUCAAAAUGAGUGGUCGGUUUUAACCUUUGAUGACAAAGGCUUAAGUACCAUUCCAAAGGCUAGUGAUAUAGCCAUGAUCGAAAAAAAAAUUUGUUUUUAAUCAUACUUUACAAUAUUGUUUAUUAUACUUUUUUUUGUGAGUCCUAUGAGCUUCAACAAAGAGAAGUUAUCGAUUAAGCUACAAUGCUUGUACAUUUCGAAUUAAUGAGGAAAAUAAAAGCUGUACUUACACAGUUGUGUUCUUACAUGUACAGUGAAAAAUAGAUUUUGGCUGAAUCGAUCACGAAAGACUUGUCAAAAUAAGUGGUCGGUUUUAACCUUUGAUGACAAAGGCUUAAGUUACAUUCCAAAGGCUAGUGUUAUGCCCAUGACCAAAAAAAAAAUUUUUUUUAAUCAUACUUAACAAUAUUGUUUAUUAUACUUUUUUAUUUACAGCAAAUUCUGUUGACAUCCGACAACACUGGAAUCUGGUGAAGUGUUGUUGGGUCUUAUGAAGAAUCAGAAUAAGCUGGAAGGUAUAAAUCCUAUGAUAAAUAUUAUUGAACAUAACUGACUGAGUGACCAUCAGAGAAAUGCUUACAUGUGACUGGAUUGGCUACGUAGGUGUCAUCUAAUUAUCAAGAGAUGGCACCUGGAGCUGAUCAAUGUUUUGAGGUGGUUUAACUUUGACCUGUUGUUUGAGCUUGCCUUCUGAUCAGUAACUGCAAUUUAUACUACUGAUUAAGAAUGACUUUCAACUUGGUUAUGAAACUGAGUUAGAUGGUUUUUUUAAUGAUCUUUUCACCAGUAUAAGAGGGCUGUACAUGUAUUCUGUAAGUGUCUGUUAGAAAACAGAGUGAUAUGGUUGAAUCUUCAGGCACUACAUUUAAUUUGCUGAUGUGUAGAACAACCUAGAACUUGCUUGUUUGUUUUUCAAAUACAUUGGUGUCUGCUCCCUUAGACUUUGAAUACUCUUUUAAAACCUGCCCAGCAUUGGUUGGUGGGACACUUGCCUCUUGUCUGUUGAAUGGUACUCCUUGAGAGUGACAUCCAGCAGCAGCUGCUAAAGGUCCUCAUCCAAUGUUGUGAGAACAUGCAACCUCUUUUGUCACUUUGGUGUAUUAUUGACCCUUUCCUUUGCUUUAUUGAUGAUAUUGAAGCAUUCCACUGUUCUUUGCCUUGCAAAUGAUAUGCGCUGAGCCAGGUGAAGGCCUACAUAAUUUUUUUUUAAAAGAAUUUUCACAUUCUUUAUUAAUUUUAUCUUUGCUUUACAGUUUUUUUCUUUGCAUUAACAGGUGAUUCCUACUUUGUUAACCCAGCCUCAGGAACCAGGGAUAUUACUUCGCCAAAGGACUUUCCCAAUCACUCCUUGCAUACUUUGUCAAAUUCUUUGUAGAUCACUGUCCCAAAGUUUUUCACCUCCUUCUGUGUUUGUUUGGAAAUCUUUUUUGCCAGCCAGUUCUUUUGUUUGAUUUUUAAUAUCUGUAAAUGGCUCCCUUUUGUUCACCACACAGCAUGUAUUUUUCUUAUAAAAGAUACUCUCUACUGGAGUUGUUUUAAUAAAGCACUAUGCAGGGUGUUAAUGCAAAACACCAUUAAGUUUACAAAAGUCUCUUUGCAGGGUUGAUUUACCUGGGGCAGUUUGCUGCCAGCUUUCAAUGGUAAAUGUUUUUAGCUACUUCCUCUAUUUUUCAGUGGUGACCACUGUGAAAUUAGGUGAUCAGUGGCCUUAUAAUUCUUUAGGAAAAAACUUAUCAAUGAUCGGGAACUUUUUUUGUAGUUGAUGCUGCUUUUUUCUUUCAGUAAGUAUUCGGAAACCUUCAAAAGGUUUGUAGAGAAAAGAAGCACUUUUGCUGACAUGUUGAUGAAGAUAUUCUUUGAAAUUUUCCUUGUACAGCCAAUACCUCUCUUCCAGAUGCCAGCUUAUGCCUUUUCUGACUCAUUAUCAUAUCUUGUUAUUUUUUCUUAUUUUUUGGCAAGGGAAAUUACCCGCGAUAACUUAACAUGAGCAAAUCAGCAUGUCAAACUGAAAUUUGAAAAACUGACUGAUUGUUGGUAAACUGACUUGGCAGCCAAGGCAAGAGAAACAUUUGAGAUUUUUUUUGUAAAAGCUGUUGUAUAUUUGAUUCCACGGGAAACCACAAGCCAUACAAUAUGUUCCAUGAGUGGAAAUUGCAAAAAAACAAAAACAAAAGCAACUAUAAACAAACGCAAAUUAUUAAUCAUCAUUGAAGUAUUUCAGCGUUCCUCGAAUUACAAGAGUUGCAAACAUACUGUUUUAGAGUGCCAAAUAAUAAACUAAGUCAGUUAUUUAAGCAGUAUCACUUUUCGCUGCAGUGAUUGUCCUAUGACUGAUGUUGACUGCUAUAUUUGAUUUGCACCUUUGUAAUCAGGGGUGUAACGCAAUAGUCAAGUCUUAUUCAAGUAUUAUUAAUGAAAAGAAACAAAAUGGCGGCAUUUUUCGUAGCCCUAAAAGGAGUAAUCAUAAUGUACCUGCUGGUGCUGAAGUUUCUGUUUCACGCAAUGGUCUUUUGAAAAAUGGAAGAAGGUGUUGAUAAACUUUGUCUUCAUGUUCGGAAUGAUGUGUCAAGUACAGUUGAUAACAAACAAAAUGCCAUUAAGUUUACAAAAUUCUCUUUGCAGCUCCAAAAAAUCUCAAAUCUCUUUUUGAAGGAACGAAGGAAAUUCAUUCUAAAUGUAGAUGGCUAGAAUUUUUACUGAGUAUUUGUUUUAUUCAUUGGUCAGUGAAGAGUGUAUGUAAAUCUUACCAAUUCCAAUAAAAACUGAUUGAGUAGCCUUUUGAUCAAGUGACCUGACAUGUCACUUUGGUCGUUGAUAUUGUUGCCAUAAGGUAAAAGUUCUUAGGGAAAACUAUCGUCCACGAAAGUUUCAGCACAAUCGGCUGUGCAUUUGUGGAGAUAGAGUUGUUUAUUUUCUUAAACUACUUGAGCAAGUGAAAGGUGAGCGCGAUAGGCAUCUUCUGCGCUAUUUUAUCAAGUGAUCUUCUUCUACUGUAUGGAGAGCUUUAAUUCCUUAUUCUUAUGUGCCUCAGUUUCAAUCAUCUGAUCAUUGGUUUAAAUGUAACACGUGACAGCUUGAUUUGCUAGAAAACAUAAUCAUGCUAAGCUGCAACACACGGCAAGCUUUCUCUUACAACCCAUACUUGACAACACUUGAAUUCACAUAAUUUCCUCCCCUUAACAUAGCUUUUGUGACAAAUGUGUUGCUUGUAAGAUGAGAAGAAUUAAAAAGAUUCCUGAAAAGACUGUUUUCAACCACAAGUUAAUCAGUAUGAUUUCCCGUCCACAUGAAGCCUCACAUUAUGUGUAACUUUCUACUGUCAGUAAACUGUACUGGGACACCACAUUUGAGUAAGUGCACAUCAGCAGGGUGCUCAUAAAUUAUGUUUACUAGCUCAAGUGUAUAUGGCUUACUAGUGGUGAACCCAAAUUUAUCUCAAACCCAGAGUCUUCUCAGCUUUGUGCAGGUGUUACGCUUGCGUUGUACCAAAACUUCUGUAGAACAAAAGCAAUGCUACAAUGUAGGUGUACCCCAACUGAAGUUUUUUACAAAUGCUAAGAGCACCUUUAGCAGUUACACAGUCAUGUGAUUAACCAAACUUUCUCAGUUUAAUGGCUUACAAAAAAAUAUUAUAGUCUUAGAUGGAGGCCAGGACAUCUUCCUUGCAAAUAAUGAAUCCCCCAGCAGUCUUAAGUUUGCAACUGAAUCCUUAUCUAUAACAGGUUUUUAACAUGUGUAAAAAGUACAUGUACUUCUAGAUAACUUGUGCCUACCAGUAACCUCAAGGCAUUUAAGGUGUUCUGGGUCAGAUACCCUUAACGAUACUCGUGACCUUUCUGCUAAAGAUUAUAAUGUGUAAGCAGUAGGCAGUGGAAUGCUGAGCUCUGCAUUGUCACAGAAUGUAUAAUUAGACAAUUUAUUAUAUUAUUUCAUUGAUCUGAAGACUUUUUUAUUUUGAGUGUAGAAUUAAAUUAAAUACAAGAAGAAAUUUUAAAAUUUUUUAAGUCUCUUGAGAAGAAAUUAGUCUUAGUUACAGUCUGCAGUUUUUUUACCUGAUGUCUUGUUUCUUUUUAUACAGCAGGUCAGGUAAAACUGAUAUCGCGUUACAGUGGAAGCAAUAGGACUGUAACCCUUGAUUCCUCUUUUAAUUUCUCGUGGAACUACAGUGGUAUCUUGCGCAAAGUUGAAUGGGGAACAAAAGAUGGAGAUAAAAUUUCAAUAGAUGUCCGUCUGUUCACCCUUGAUAUAAGUGAGCAUCUCACCCCUAAUGUAUCUCAGUACAAUGGCCGUCGUUUUGCCAGCUGGAAUCAACAGUCACCUGGUCAAGUCACGUUUACUUUAAAGCAUAUUAAAGCGGUUGAUAACAGGUUUUUCAUCUUCAGAUUUGUCCCAAUGAACGCUUUGGCUUCAGAUGUGUAUGAUGUAGUGCAAUUAAUUGUGAGAGGUAAGAAUUUUUAUUAUGUGAUGAAUUGUUGUUUCAUCAUGGAAGAUUGUAUGAAAUUUUGGAAUGAGCAAGUAAUGCCUCUGAAUUUCAACAAUUCUGAUAGGAAAUAACUUCAAUGCACACUGCAAACAAAGAGAAAGUGUUGUCAUGAAAAGUGAUGUUGUGGGUUUUCCCUUGAGAGAGCUGUUACAACAAUUUCCUCCUUAACAGUGUUGGUUAUAGGAAAAUUUAAGCAUGAAAAGACGGUCUCUAGAGUAGAGAAGGGUGUGUGAACAAGACCUAAGAGGGUUUUCAAUUUUUGAUUGCUUUUUUUAAAAAAAUGAAUAAACCAAAGAAACUGAUUAACUUGCUUCUGUUAACUGAUUCCCAAUAAAAGUAUCCUCUCUUAAGGAUGUGGUAAGUCCUGGGGGGUGUCCUUUGGUAAGAAAAUCAUUAAAGCACCAUUGAAGUAUCACCACCAUAAAGUAUAUAUAUCAAUGGAAAGGUUAUGGAAUGUGUUAUCUGGCCAAAAUUGUUCUGUUUUAGCUUGAUCUAAUUUUGCAAACUAGGCAUAUUUCUUUGAGCAAAUUAAUUACAUGACAAAUACAAACACACAAGUAAAAAUUCUGUUCAAUUUCAAUCGUGAAGGGUUGGUUUUCAAUAGCGUGUGGGAAUUUUUCAAUAUUCCAAUUACAGUCGAACCUGUAUUAAGUGGCACCAUAUUAAGUAGUGGGUUGUCAAAGUCCAGAAAUUUGUUCUCCAUAGUUACAUAAUUUUUACCUCUCUUAAGCAGUCACCCUUAACUGGGUCCUAACAGCCUGUUUGUAUUGUUUGUUUUUAUUGUCUUCCACCUGUGUUGAAUGGUCACUUAAAGUGGGACCACUCAAAUAAAACUAAGAGUUAUCUUUUACAUAAAAUUUAAUCCAUAUUUAUCUCCUGAAAUCAAUAUUGUGGUAGUAUGAUUGAGUGAAUUUUUGUACAUUAAGUUGUCAAUUAUGGCAUAAAAUGAUAAUUUUACAAUUUCUUUACAAUACCCUAUUCUGUGGAACCUGUAUUAAAGGAACAGUGUCAUGGUUGGACAUGAGCAUCAAAACACAUCAAUUCUAAGAACUAUUUCAAUUGUUCGCCAUCUUGGAUUUUGAACUUCAUAUAAAUAUAAGGCUUGGAAUGCAUCAAAACAGAUUAAAAUACCCCUGUUUAGUGAUCAACCAAUUUUCCUUAUGCUAUAUUUAAACAAACCUUUAUUGAUGGGUAAUUUUAAGCUAUGGACACUAAAGGUUUAAGAGAUUCCAUUCCAGAAGGGUAAGAGUUCACUCACUCUGAAAAUUUUACCUUUCACAGCUGUUGUGGGGUAAAUUAAUUAUGAAGGAGCACUUUUUACAAUGUUUUUUCUGCUUCUAACAGAGGCAUUUAUAAUAACUAUGCUUAGGGCCCAGGGUAUACAGUUUAAAUGAGCAAAGUCCUGAUUAUGUGGCCACAGGUUGUGUUGCAUCUGAACAAACAUGCAUCAAAUGACAGUGCCUCACAAUUUUUGGCUUGUUUUAAUUUCUAGUAUUGAUAUGUAUAUUAAGACGAAACCUGCUGUGGACAAAUACCAUAAUGCAUCCUGUUUUUCAAGCUUUCACUUUGUCCAAGAAAUGUGCAGAAAUAGUACAAUUUCAUGGCAGAGAGUUGGUCAAUGGUGCUACAAAUAGGUUCAGUUCCUCCUUAUAUAGUUAAGUUAUCAUACUAGGAAAAAAUUAAUUUUUUCCCAAUUUCCUGAAAAUGUAACAUCUAUUCAAAAGACUCAAUAUCUAUCAACUUCUGACAAUUUUAUUUUGGUAUCUUUUGUACCUCAGAAGAUGUAAAGCAAAAAGUAAUUUGAGACUAGAAUGAAAGGCGUGAGAUUGAUGACACUUCAUGUGAACUUCAUCUCAUCACCUAAUUGACAAUUUCCACUAAUGAUUUACAAUGCACACUGAACAGUUUUGUACAGUUCCAAAAUCAGCCAUUUGUCAUCGAGUGUACUUAUACUAGUUCUUUCUGAAAGCUAGAGAGAUUGUUUUUGUAAUUCAAGUGUUGUUUUCAGGCUGCUCAUCAUGUCCAUAAGUGACAAGUCUCUUUUGCUGUUCUGGAAGAAAGAAAAUUGAUUUGCAUUGGAGCAGAAAUGUUGUUCACAGAUAGUGAUAGGGGUUCAUACCAGACUUAAGAGAAUGUGUGGCCAGAGUCUAUUUCUGUUGAAGUCGCAGUAGGAGCCUGUUUGCAAAAAUAUUGCCAACAAUUCAUCAUCAUUCGUGUAGCAUUUCACUUUGAGCAUUGAUCAUUGAAAAGCUGUGUUGUAUUUGAGAGUGGUCUUACCUCUGCCUGAUCUCUUUCCUCCUCUGUUGGAUGGUUGAGGCACCUUCUAUAUCAACACAAACUGCGAUGUAUUCACGACUUCAUCUUCUUGACCUAACUCUAUACAAAAUGUGUCCGCUCUUUGCCUUCUGGCUCCAUGUGAUUGGGUUACAGCCUUCACAGGCAUGAAGUGGAAACACAUGUAUGUAAACAAACAGCAAUGCCCUGAAAAUUUUUGUCUGUGAAGUAGCUCCCUUUCUGAAGAAGAGACAGUACUGUUGGCAAGGGAUAUGGCUCGUGGUCCUUGUUGUACAUGCUGACAAUCAAACAUUGUAGAAAAUAACUCUUGAUUGCUGUGCUCAUUGAAAAAAUAAUUAAAACAUUAAAAUGAAAUGAGAGAAAAACAUGUAUGAUAUCAUUGAAGCAAGUGUACAAUUUGAUAAGUGCAUGCCAAAAUGUUUUGUUUAUUUGUGUGUUUUGUAAUAUAUUAACCUUAUUACAAAUGACAAGAUGAUGUCUUACAUACUCACUGAUCAUAAAACAAGAAAAAAAAUUAUUUGUUUUAUGAAGCAAGAUGUUAUGACUUUAUUGUAAGAGCACUAUCCAUUAUUUUUUUUUAAUUUUAAAAACUAAUAAGAAGUGUGUAAGCUGCAUUCAGCUUAUAAGUUUUGAAGGGUUUUCAAUCAUACAGAUAAAGAUAAAGAACAUCAAAUAUCAGCAAUGCUUAAUAGUUUUUCCUUGGAACAGGAACAGAAUUAAAAAUAUUUGUCUUUCUCGAGGUAAACUGUCUAAAACUUACAAAGGGCUAAUGCUUGAAAUGUCAGCUUUAAAGCUGUGAAAUUUAUUUUUUUUUAUGAUAGCCUCUUGGCUCCUAAAUUUUUCAAAGUGGUAGCCAGUUCAAAAAAAGUUGGUCACCAUUUUUAAAGAAAAACAAAACCAUUUUGUUAUGCUGUCAGCAUUCUAGAAAGAUCCUCCUAAAUUAAAUUAGGAAAAAAUCUUUAACGUGCUACAAAGUGGAUACUAGGAUGGAUGAUAUACAAUGUUCAAGUUCACCUAAAUCCAAGAUGGUGUCUAGUUAUUGAUGGAGAUGCACGACUGUGCUGUAUUUUGGAAGCAAAUUUAAUGAGGAAGUUUGCCAUGGAUUUAUCUUUGCAAAUCUUUUUAAUUAACUAUAUCUCUAGUUAAGGUUAUGAUGAAGCAUUCUAGUCACCAAUUUGGCAACUAAUUUUCAGAAUUUGGCCACCAAAGUGAAAAAUUUAGUCACAUUGGCAACUGUAUUAGGCACAAUUUCAUGCCCUGGCUUGGGAUGUUAAAUAUUUCCUAAAUUUCCUCAUGGAAAAAUAUGAUGGCAAACUGACUAUUGUCAUGUGAUACUUUGGCAUAGACAUGACACUCUUCUUUGCAUUUGUUCCUUUCCUUGGUAAGGCUGCAGUAAUGACACUUCAGGAUGUUGGAAACACAAGAUACAUCAGCUAUUUUUCUUUUUGCACUUUAAACAGAAAAGUAUUUUCUUAACUAAGUGACACUAAUAAUGUCUAUAGUGUGCCCUUGCCUCUGUGGUUGCAAAACAAACCGGCAGCUCAAGAGGUUUAUAUCUAGAGAGAGUGUAUCUCUUGGUAAGGUUAUGAUGAAACUUUCUAGUAGCCAAUUUGGCAAAUAAUUUUCAGGAUUUGGUCGCCAAAGUGAAGAAUUUAGUUGCAAUGGUGCCUGUUCUAGGCACAAUUUCAUGCCCUGGGUAGUGAAAUUCUCUCAUUGUGUCACUUAAAUUGUUCUUGUGAAGUCACCUGCGUAGCAGUCAGCUUUUUCAUUCAUUCAGCUGGUUGUGGUUACCUUUUUAGUGCCACUUUUUAGUGCCAUGGUGUACUGCAAAUAGUGAGGCACUGUUGUUAUUGGUUUUGCAGUAAAAGGCCCCUCAGUAGUAUGGUUGAGUAUAGUCAAGAGUGGUCAUUCAAAUUAUUUAUUGAUGUGGUUACGCAUCCCUAACAAUUUUCUGUUUACUUGUCAUUCUGUCCUCAUAUGAAAUGUAAUGUAAACCUUGUAAAAAAUCUUUUGAGUUAUAAAUCAUUUCUUUGCUUUAAACAACAAAUUUAUCCAAUUUUUUUUCAGUUCUUCAUAGUUUCUUGGUGUUUCGCACUAGACACAACUAUUCAGAACAAAUUGCUAAAAUCAUCAGGCUCCUCAUUCUAACAGAACUCACAUUGUCCAAGAUGGCGGUUGUUUGUUGUGUGCCGUUGUGUACCGUUGUGUUCAGUGUGUAGUUUCCUCAACGAAUUUCUCACUUACCUUCUUUUUCAUGCUCAAUACACCUCACAUUUUUUAUUGAGGAGAACAAAGCUUUGAACUGAAUCAAGACAUGUAUUCCAGAAGAAUAGCUUGAAAUCCUCCAUUUUUUGAGGGAGCAAAGAAUGAUUGAAUUGGAAACCACUGUGAACAGUAUUGUCAUCUUUGUCUUUAAUGUCAGCCUACAAAGACUGCCUUGUGUUAUUUAGAAACUAAAAGUCGCUAUAGUGGAUUUCCAUUAUGCAUACUCGCCUUCGUGCGCAAUAGCGACAAUAGUCAGGGACAACAGGCAUGAGUGAAACUCUAAACGUGGUCUACUGUGGCAAAUUAUUGAAGAAUUGCGAAGACAAAAACGUGUAGAUUCUGGUUUAAGAAAAUAACAUUUGUUUGAAAAGUAUUAUCCACGGAUGGUAAAGAUAGAGGAUGAUAGAAAUCCAAAACCAGUUCCAAUGAUGAUGUGAAAAGGUUCACCAUUUUUUUCAAAAUUUUAGACGUCACAGUGCACGCUUCAUGGUAGAACCGUUCCUUUAAGCGCUCAACCAAUAUUAUUAAGGGGUCACCAAGCCAUUCCUUGUGGGUGACCUUAUUACAGGUUUGCCUGCAGUUGCUCAGGUUUGCUUAUCAAAAUUUUACCAUUAUGUAUUUAAUCAGAGGCCAUUGCAGGACAUCAAUUUCAAAACACAGAAUUCUCUCAGACAGGUUUUAGGUUCAUUUCUAGGGAAUCUUUAGACCAACAUAUCACUCCUUUGGGUGACCACAUGCCAAUUUAUGUCAACUUUGUGAAAACUGGAAAUGGCUAUGCCAAUAGAAACAAAAAGGUGUCAUAUGGAAUCUCGGGAGACUCCUAGCAAAAGAUAAUUUGCCCUUGGCAGACCUUUAGUUGAAUUUCGCGGGCUGGUAAUUUGAUUUCAAUAUUCUUCAUACCUUAAAAUGCUUAAGCACACUGUGACAAAACUUGCUAAUGGUUGCUGGUCUGUUGUAAGCAGCAAAGAUUGUUUAAACCAUGAGCCCUUCUCUGUUUCAGUUAGAAUUUUUCAAUUGCCUGUCCUCCCAAAUUUCUCUAAUUAUUUGCGCUUAGUUCCAGGCUUCUUUUUUACUUUCAUCCUAAUACUCCUGUCCUUUUUAUCUGCCUCCAUGCGGACAUGGCAAAAAUUACCCUGUGCAACUGACAUCAGAUGCUUAUGCAAUUAUAAUUCAAGAACCAGGAUGUUUUGUUGCAAAAGACCCCUUCUGAGUCAUGUAGGGUGACAUUAUAAUCGGCUAUUCACAUAUUGUUGGCCCAAAGAAUUCAAUUUGAAGAUAUGUUUCUGCAAAUAUCUUGAGCGUUUUAAAAUGUUACUAAACUCUUCCUUGGAAACUGUGACCUCUUGGAAAAAUGAGGAAUUCAACCAAAUUACUAGUCACCUCCAAUGAGGAACCAUACUGGCUUGGCAUUCUAGGUUGGUGCUUAUGGAAGGGCGAGUUGUGUUUCAAGAGUGAAAUCUUAAACAUUUUACUUAAAAGUAUUUUGAUACAUUUUGCCUGCACACCUGUAACACGUUAUCACAAUUACUGUAUGUUUCAAAACCUCCUUUCACUGUUACGGCGUGGAUCAAAAGCAAGCUGGAUGAUUUCCUUUAUUGUAACCCUUUUGUUUUCCUUUUAGGUCCUCCUGUUGUUGAGAUUGUCCCUCCUGCACAGUUCACUUUAAGGGGUGUUACAGCAAGUUUUACCUGUCACGCUAAAGGUUUUCCUUUGCCAGACAUUGUAUGGAUGAAGCAGAAUGGUUUGGUUGAAAAUGAGAUUUCUGCCAGCAGUGUCAAUGUCCAAAUAAAGCCCCUUAAUGGUUCGUCCCAGUUAAUCGUGCAGAAUACUUCAACCGCAGACUCGGGUUAUUAUAUCUGCAAAGCUUCAAACUAUGUAUCAGAUACUGCAAGAGCCUUCCUUGGAGUUGUUGGUAAGUUACAUCUUAACAUGUGGAAACCCCUACGUAAACUGAAAUAGCCUCGUUAUUGCAACCUUAGUUCAGAAGCCAGUAAUGGAAAAUUGCAGUUUUGCCCUCUUGAUUACAAGAUUAUUAAUUGACGAAGUUAUGCCUUUAAACCCUCCGUUUACUCAAAUGGAGAACUUUGAAGAGGAAUGUAAAUUGAAAGGAAAAAAAGAAGAAGAAAAGAAAAGGGAAAGACCAAAAAAGUCAACAUGGCCAGGGCUCGAACCUUAACCCUCCAACUAGAGAGGAGUAGGUAUAUUAAUUGCAGAGGUAGAUAAGGUGCGCAGAGCCUGCGAAGUUGAAAAGUUUUGUUUUUUAAAAAUGACUUUUGAUGCUCAUUUAAUACAUGUACCUAUUCUAUUAAUUUCUGCCCUGUUCUUGGCUGUCAGUUAACCUUUGUAUAAACUCUGUUCUAGCCAAGUCCUUUUUUGUCACAAUUUUGGCAGCGAUAGGAGCUGCUUAUAAACCCCUCAACAUUUUAUACCACAUUGCAGUCAACAUGCAUUGGUCCUGGCCAUCGAGGUGUCGUUACUAAGCUAGAGCGUGAGCCGCCCUCUGAUGAUUUAAGCAGGAAAAAUGAACGCACGGAAAAAAGAGAGAAAAAAUCUUAUGAUAGGACCCUACGUUCAUCAUCUUUACUUCUGAACUAUAUCGCCAAGGUUUGAAAUUUGGCAGGGCAAAACAGCAAGGGAAAAAGGAAACUUUUAGCCGUAGUGUGCUCUUUAGAAUGGAACGGUUCUCAAACAAAGUAAUUUUACAUUUUGGGUUGUGGAAAAUAUCAUGACUUUGGCCAUAAAACAGUUUAAAUGGAAAAUGGGAGAGUGCACAGCGAUGGAAAGUCGCGUUUUUACUUCUAUUAACUGUGUUCCAAAUCCCACGGAAAAGUACCAUACCAGCUACAUCAAACUAGGCCUUCUCAAAGACCAGGCUCAAAUUACAUACUUAAAACAGGGAUCGUGUUUGUCCUUGAGAACCAAUUGAAAAUUCGACAAAAAAAAAGGAAAAAAAAUUCUUCCACUUCAUUAGUAUGAAUCAAGUUACAUUUAUCGCUUUCACCGCCUUAUUGAAUUUUACGCUACCACAAUGUGACGCAAUCAGAGUGUGCACCCCGCCUACUCGUGUCCACAGGUGCACUCAUGUACAUAGGUGUACUUGUGUCCUUAGCAACUUUUGUGUCCAUAGAGGCCCUUGUGUCUAAAGGUGCACCCGUGUUCAUAAGUGCACUCGUGUCCAUAGUUACAUUUGUGUCUUCAGGUGCAUUUUUGUCCUUAGGUGCAUUUGUGUCCACAGACACACCCGUGACCACAUGUGCACCCUUGUUCUUAUGUGCACUCCUGUCCAUAGGUGCAUAUAUGUCCAUUGGUGCACCUGUUUCCAGUGGUGCACCUGUGUCCAGUGGUGCACUUCUGUCCGUAGGUGUACACGUCUCCUUAGAUUCACUCCUGCCUUUAGGUUCACUCGUGUCCAUCUCUGUACCUGGAUGAGCAUCUGCACGGAUACUUAUCUGAACAUGGAUUGCCAUUUUAUUUUGAAAAAUGCUGAAUUUUUUUUAGUGUAUUUGAAAGAAAAGUGAAGCACAUCAAUGGGUACCUUGAGGCAAAUUGUGAGGGAUAAUUUGCGAAAAAACGUUUUUGAAAGAGGUUUCUUUACCCUUUUUCAAGAUCCAGCUUCGAAAGAGGAUUCUGGUGUUUGCCGCACAAGUUUUAAUGCAACCAAGGGCGAGUCUGUCCUGAUGUGCUGUCCUGUCAAGGGGUCUCCACCUCCUCAAGUUAGCUGGGAACUGCCUAAUGGAACUCUGCUCGAAACAGGAAGCACUAUUCUGCGUGUCACAGUCGAGACUGAGAAUGACUUUGGACGCUACAGGUGCAUUGCAAGGAGUCUGGAAAAGAAUGUCCUUACAGCCAACAUCACCAUUCGUAAGAGAGGUGAGUACAAACUUAGAAUUUAGGUAAAAUGUGUAUCACCUCCUCUCAGCGAGACAUGAACACCAGAGAAAAAACCAUCUUGAAAUUUAAGUACAAUUGGUAUUUCAAAGAUAAAGGUUUUUUACAACAACACCGGGCCUCGUCUCUGGUUGACUAACGGCAAAGCCGAUAAACAUGUUUAAAAAAACUGUCCGGGCAAAGUAAAUGUCGGUAUUACAGAAAUAUGCACACACCCAAAAAAAAAUAAAUAGACUUAAACCUGCCAUACGAUGGUGUUGCCCGGCUAGGGUAACGUUAUUAUUACGUUAUUUUUAAUGCUUUGAUAGAAGUACUUGGCAAGAUGUUUAACAAAUAGAGAAGCCUUGACUGUGCUCUGUUCUGUUUUAAAGCACGCAGGAAGCGGCUUGAGCACAAAAGAGGUGUAGGGAGAAACACGAGACGUAUUAUAUCGCAUUCCAGGUUGAUACCUAUGCAAAUAUUAUAGGUCCUCUUUGAUUGUAAUUUCUCUGUCAAUGCGCGGACACUUUUGAUUAGACCAUGUACUUCAAAACAAUCUCCUUAACAUUAUUCAAUUCUUCGUGGCUCAAUUUCAGUUUUGUCUCGAGCUAAGAAAUGAGAUACUAUCUUAACAGAUCUCAGAAGAAGGUUUUGAGUAUCCUUCACGGUUGGUUCUUCUCUUUAUAAGUGAUCCUGUGUUUUAGAGGAGAUAUACGAAUUGGCUGCUUUUUUUAUUUCAGCCUUUUUUCACAUUUUUAGCAAACGAAAAAGCAUGCCUGAGAUUUUUUUUGUGUUCGACGAAGGAGGUCGCCGUUCAUAAUCUUGGGGGUCCUGUGGUUUAACGAGUGACCCUUUUUGAGAUUUUUUGUCGACUGUCUGCAGUCUCUGCGCCAUUUUGAAUGACGUCAUACGUCAUGUGCGCAACAACAAUCGUGCAUCUCGUGGUUUUCUCAUUAGUCUAAGCAUCGUAAAGCCGAUACCUAAAGACUACGUCGUGGUUUUCAUAAUACUCUAUGGAUUCUAGUCUGUAAACCGGAUAUCUAAUGACUAUUCGUGGUUUCCAGAGUAGUCUUGAGAUAUUAUUAGCAAAGCCUUAAAGGUAUGUUCCACACUCUCUGUAAAUAUAAAAAUGGUGUAUUCCAUUGGAGUUAAAGAUUUAAAUUGCAGCUGACAUAUAACACUCGGUUAUUUUAAUGUAUCACAACAACGUGUGAUCAAUGCAGAUGGCCACUGAGUACCACGACUCAGUUCAUUUACGUGCUUGUUUGACUUGUUUGAUUUGAGACCACAAAGGAUCACUUGGCACUAUGACCACAGGGGCAGAUCCAAGAAUUUCUCAAGGGGGGGGGGGGGGUUGAACACUAUUGUUCAAUUGUGUGGAAGGCGAGUGACGGCCCCGUGCCUCUGGCGCGAGCUCUUAAGGGGUCCGGAGCCAUGCUUUGAUUCUUUCUCAGUAACUGGGUUUUGGGCUUAUUUAAUUUUAGGGACACCUAAACAUCCUCUUUCCGCUUACGUCUUUCGACCACCAUUUUCCACACCAAUAAUAAGAGAAGAGAACAAAACACAUCCGUCUACCUUACUCAACAGCACGGACAUCCCGAUUAUUUGGUGCCACUCUACUUGAGAAGAUCCAUUUACUAAAACAUUAAAGAAAAUUGGGCACUUUCAAAUUUCAUAAUACUCCCUUUUUAUCUCUUGAACAUGUUUUGCACGCAUUGUUUUCUAUUUCUUCCCAGGUGACUGUUAUUGCUCUUUCCAAAGUGCCUUGUUACGGUAUAAUUUUACCGACAGAGAGAACACUAUUCUUCUAUAAACUUAACUACUGUAGUUAACGACAUGUAGUUUUCUUAUUUAGGAGCGACUACAAUAGACAAUACCGAGAACUCGCAGUUUUCCAAAGUUCCUUGAAAUGAACAAACUCCAAAGUAAAUUUCUCUCGGUAUAACUUUCCAAACAGUCAGUCAGCAACUAACAACUACUAUAUAAUAAGCUCAGUUAUGCACGCAUUCUGAUUGGUUCUCACUUGUAUCUAUUGGAGGACAGACGUAUCGAUGACGUCAUCAUUAAAACUUUUUUAAAUUCUUUAUUAUAUAAAACAAAUAGAUUCCAAGUUGCCGUGCGUCUGUUCAGUAAUAGAUCACAGUGGAGGUCAAAAUGUGGUAAGAACAUCAGUGACACACCCGGCUGCGCCUCGUGUGCCACUUUUUUGUUCUUACCACAUUUUGACGUCCUCUGUGAUCUAUUACUGAACAGACGCACGGCAACUUGGAAUCUAUUUGUUAACUGCACGACUGAGUCCUUUUUAUACAUUUACAGUAUUCUAGAACAUUCCGGAAGCCUACAACAAAACUAUUUUGGUAUUAAUACAUCAUGAAUACGUGACCCUAAUAUAGCGUUCUAGAAAGUUCCAUAGUGUGCAAGUCAGCUUGAUGAAGCAUUCUAGAAAUUUCUAAAUAUUUUAUAGAUAUUGGUGUUGUUGCUACCGGAGCAUCCGCGUAGCCAGCACUCAUAUUUUCGACGCAUUUCCCUAUUUUAUGUGUUCUUCGUUCGUUGUUUCGCGUAAGAAAACAGCCUCUUAGGAGUUGCCUUAUGUAAGAGCCAUCGACUUGCUUUUAUUUGGAGUUGUAACUCAACCCUUUCAGCGUACCAAUGUAAAAAGUCGAAUUUGCCGGUUUUUUUUUUAAACUUUGCAUUUAGCCACUAGUCAACAAUAUAGUUAUCGCAUAAUGAAUCUGAAAUACAGUCUGUGGAAUAGUAAGCAAGAGCCCGUGUUUGAAAAAAAUAUCUUAUUUUAUCGAGCAAGCAUCCAGGUAGAUGGAUCAAUUUCAGUUGAUUCGAAGUCAUAAAUGUUUGCCAAGUCACGCCGUGGAGAAUCGUCAGGCUCAGUUGUGAGUUAUCGAUGUCCUCAUCCGAAAGUCCGCACUAGAGAGUUAAUGAGAACUUUGAUUAGCUCUUUAACUAUUUUGCAUUGGACGGCUGAAAGCCCGUUUGAUACUUGAUUCCUUAAUAUGUACAUGUAAACUACAGUGUUCACACUCCCGCCACUCGAAAAACUAAAACGGAAUUGGAAAACGUCGCACGAAAGCCGGACUUAAAUGGACCAGAUACCAAGCAGUCAGUCUCAAACUUAGACUUACAUUAGGUUUGUACGAGCUCUUCUUUAGAAAGAAGAAGUUUGUGGCGACCAGGCUGUGCUAAAAAAAAAAAAAAAAUUUGUUGUUAUCGGAAUCAUGGUGAUUUUACAUCGUGCAUGAGUUGCAGUGUUGUUUGGUAAUUUCCGUGCCAAAAGAUGUACAAACAGUCUACAGUUUCUUUUCUUCGCCUCAGUAAGUGUAAAGACCCGGAAAGCCGUUCCGAGAUACCUCCGUGGCUUAAGGAAAGUGCUCUUCAACGGAAUUGAAAUAACUUUUUCAAUUCAUGGAAAUGAGGGAAUGAGUCUCACUAUGUUGAACUUCUAAAGGUUCUCUCGUUCUUUAGUAAGCUUUCGUCCGUUUUUCCUUUCGUUUCCUAUUUAUCUCAUAUACACACUGUUGUAUAAUUGGCGUAUAUAUACCAGUUAACUUAAGCUGUUUUUUUUAUUUUACUUACAUGUUGUACCACUUCUUUAGGUUCGUAUGAUGGUCUUCUGCAUUAUAUAAAUUAAGUAAGCAUCUCUCGCCCUAUAGUGAGUUUUAGUCCGUAAUUUUUGUUUCCAUUCUCUACUUCUUGGUUGUAUCAUUUAUACACGUAAUAGUCUUGCUCACUAUAUCAUUGUAUUAGUUACCUGUACUCCAUUUUCCCAGCGGUGCUUUUGCUACUUCCCUUUAAUCAUCUAAUUCGUUUUGAUUAUUUGUCUGUCCAUGUAUUUAAACAGAAUAUACGAGCUUCAGACUGAUGUUGAUCCCUCCGACCCCCACAUCGCUUUGCAUUUUCAGUUCAUUUUCAGUUUUCAGUUGACGUCAAAAUACGUUUCAUAACGUUUAUCUUCGUUAUUAGUUUCAGAACCUGAAAUAAACGACACAAAGAUUAGUCUGACCGAUGACGUGGAAUUUUUAUGGGAUGAAGUACCAGGAGCAAGUGAAUAUCUCCUCAGAUUACCCGAAACUACCUCCUUCUGGGAGUAUUCUCUCCUUGGAAAUGGUUCCAAGACUUCUGUGGAGAUUCCUUACAACAGUUUACCCUUUAAGAGUGCUACCGAAAAGAGUAAAAGGAGACCACUUGAAGUAGAUAUCGAAGUGUGGGCUUAUGGCGACUCAAAGAUCAUUGGGAGCGGAAAGCGUUAUACUAAUGUGGGUAUGUAUAAAAGCUACACCAGUUUGUCAUCAUAAAGGAAGAUAUUAUCCUUGUUUUACCGGGGUAAAAAUUUAUGUUUAUGUUUAACCUCGAUCCUUUACUGCCACGGAUGUCUGAGAGUUUUCAAACAUCAACUGCACUUCGUGUUAGAGGUUUGCAAAGAUUUUCCUGUCUCAGUUUUAUUAGGCGGGCGGGCGGUAAUCGCUAAUCUUCCUGAAGGUGGUUCGUAUCAAGUGUAUAUAUUUGUUUGCAAGUCAUAGGGGCAAUGACUAAAGGAGCAGAUUAGUGAUGAGAAUAACGUAAUGAACCUUUUAACAGCGGAGAUUGAAGCAGAAAUAGCCAGCAGAGCGAGCGUAGUUUUGGCGAGCGAGUGCUCAGCAUUUUCUUAACGAAAAUUAGGCCGGCCAUCUUUGAUUUUAAUGGCAACGUAAGGCUGGGGAGAGAAAGAAAUUUGUACUAAGGGGGCGGUCGACGGUCAAAAAGAAAGAGUGGGUGGGGGGUGGGGGAGUGAAGAUUACGCCUGCCUGAAGUCAUUGUUGUUUUGCAAAACUCCGUUCGCCCACCAACGGAGUUCCUGAUUGGUGCAGUUAAGCUCCAGCCGUCAAUCAUAUGCCAAAUGUGUCUUUUGAGCGUCAUUCUGACAUUUCGUUCUGGUGGGAGAAAGAGGAAGAUGGCGAACUUUGAUAAUGAAGUUCUUUGUUUCGAUUCCGCUCCCGAGGAAACACUUAAGUGUCUUUCGGAAUUUAACAUGUCUCGUGCAUUAAAAUUGGGGAAAAAAUGAAGCAAUUUCUGCACUGGUUUAUGACGGGAAACAUUCGAGCUUAGUUGUCGUCUGUCCGCGUCACCGUAUUGUUUAUGGUCAAAUGGAAUAAGCAUCUUCGAUCGGAUUAACGGUAGCUACGCUCACGGAUUGUCAUUUGGAGGAUAUAGAGUGCGGCAAAGAUCAACUCGUAUUUGCGUCAGCAGAGAACGUUUUGGUGAAGCCAUUUUUUUUUCGUCGAUGAAAAAAAAAAGCCAGACAGUUUCACCAGAGUAUGCCGGUUUGCAUCAAACAAAAUAUGGCGGGUAAACCGUCGAGUGCAUUUGAUUGUUCCUUCAAAGUAUCGUUUACGAUCAAAUGAAAGUUGAAAUUAGAUUAACGGUAGCUGUACUCAAGGAUUUUCGUUUGGAAAAUAUAGAGUGCAGCAAAUAUCAGCUCACAAUUUUGACCGCGGAGGAGGUUUUGUCGAAGCCGUUCCUUUUUUCGGCUGAAAAAAAAAAGCCUCACCGUUUCACUCAUCGGCUUUACGUGUGUUUGUUUUUGUCGGAAGACAGCGCUACAGGUUUUUAAUUUAACUCUUUUUGAUUGGUUACCUGCUCAUUUCCGGAAGUGCAGUGUUCCAGAUUUCAGUUUUAGCGCUCAAGAAUUGAAUGUACAUUGAACCUCUUAUCAGCUAUAUAAAAAGCUGCUGAACUUUGUGAAAACAGGGUAACACUUCAAUUGUUGGACGGGGCAACAGUAAAGUUCAUUAUCACGCUUUAAUAAUAAUUUUUUUAAUAGUUGACCUCAGAAGUUUCCUCCAUCUUUUACUUAAGUUGCCUCUCCUUCAAGCAUAUUGGUUUGUGGGAUUCUGUCAUGCCGCCUACUGCUAUGUAUAUGAUGAUAUUUUCCUAGAUCUCAAAAGGCAAUGGGAUAAUCUGCUUUAUGAAGGAUUUAAAACGCUGUGCGCGGACCAGAACAAAAUCUCCGAGGGAAUUACUUCAGUUGUUAAUUGUACUGUCUUUUUUCAAUCGGUAUAAGGAAGCCACUGCAUAGCCAAUUUCGAACGCAGGAAUGCUCCAAUUAUAAUCAACGCGGAGCCCUGGUUCGUUGUUAGGUAUAGCUACAACCCUGUUGUCACUUCCACCAUUGAGGUCAGUGUCACUUUAGGACGAUGCAUGCAAAUGAGGUUCCUGAAUAAGACAAGGGGCAUAUCGGAAUGAUCGAGGAUUGACAGCCGCAUGUGACACGUCGUCACUCGUCUACUGAACACCUCGUUUGAAACCCGCACGCUUCCAAAUGCGAAGGUUUUCUUCUCUUUGAAGUGGAGGACCGUGAACUGCCAUAAAAGAAACGGCUGAUAACAUUGCCAAUAAAUUGAUUCUGAAAACCUUUUUUAAGUAACUAAUGACUCUUUUUAAUUGCGUUGAAUGCAGGCCUCCUUCCUCAGGCUUGGAUAAAUUCUUUGUACUCAUUGACUGGUGGGAUGAGUGGGAUGGCCGGCCGAGAACAUAUUAGUCCGAGGUCGUACUAUGCGAGCGUCAUGAUCGAGAGCCAAACAUUUUUUUAUCCAACUUUAGCUACUAAAUGCUAAUUGUAAAAUCGGCCGAAGAAGAAGUUUUAGCUUACUUACACAGACUUAGCCGGGAUCUGUUUGGAUCAGCCUUUUCACUUAGGUUCUGUUUUUCUGUGUUGUAUCAGGGAAAGAAUUUAUCUCAACAAAAAUAAGUCUAAAAGUCUAAAUCUACACGAGCUCCAGCUAACGAAGGUGCUUGCCGUAAUCAGAAUGAAUCAUCAGAACAAACAAGCGCACAAUUUAGCGAAAUGCAGCCUUCCUCAGUUUUUCUACAGCUUGUAAGGGUUAAUCUGGUGUCAUUUGCCCAACAGACAAGAGGAGCAAAUUAUUUAAAAAAAAAUUUUUUUUUUUCCUUUGGAGAAAAGGAAUAUAUUAUUUACCAAAUUUCUUUCUUUUUCCGCAGAAAUUCGCGCGAGUGCAACAACUUCUACUGUUUCCUUGAUGACACUCGGGUUAUCGUUUUUGAUUUACAACCUACAAUAGUCGGUAAGUCUAUUUUUUACUUUUAAGUAAAUUGUACCGUUGCCCUUCUCUUUUCCGCAAUUUGAAAGGGUUUUGUUCAUGGUGUUCUUUCCUUGAUUUUCCUUAUGUUUUUGCGUCUUGAAUUUUGUCGCGCAUAAAGAUGGCGCAAGGUUAGUCUGAAAAACUUAGACUCCUUUAACUGAGUUGUGUACAGAUAGCGAGAAAUAGUCUCAUCUUGCAUAUUUUACUUGAUAUCACAACUAGUAUUAUAACUUAGCUAGCAGAGCCGCGCAAUCAAAUUCAGUAUACGUAAGCGUGCUCAAAAUCCCGAUAGUGCACGCUGAUAGCGUGAGCAAAUCACUCCGCCAGAAUUUUUUUUUUCGCGCGAGCGGCCAUUGUUAGCGCGUGGAAAAAUAACAUAUUUCGCUACAAUAAUGGAUACAGAGACUCGGCCCACCAGUCCCAAAAGGAAGACAAUUUCCGACCUCUUCCCUUGGGCUAGAGUUCUUAAAUGAGACAGAAAAAGAGAAAAACAACGGAAAAGGAGACUCGGCAUCAGCGCCGUCACGAUUCGUUUCACUUCACUUAAUAUUUCGCUUACCGCGAACAAUCACUUCUGAUAUUGUUGUCCGUUUUUCGCGUCGGAUUUGAUUCACAAUUCCACCGGCUAUGUUAUAAAACAAUUGGUUCAUACUUUUAGCUGUGCACUAUCGAGUUAUGGAGCACGUGGGAAGUUUGGAGAGCACUCAAGAAGCUGGAGUUGCCCUCGGCUAUUGCCUCGGGCAACUCUUACGUUUCUUUCGUGCUCUCCAAACUUCCCACGUGCUCCAUAACUCGAUAGUGCACGCUAAAGCAUGAACCAUUUGUUAAUUAACAGGAUCCAUGAAGGGUCUAUUUUCCACAUUACAGAGCCCAUAUAUUAUGAGAUCCUAAAAAAAAAAGAGUCCUCAUGAAAGAAGCCGUAUUAUCAAGAAAAAAAGAAAUCUUUUGAAAUUUGCGAAGAAAGUCCUUUCGAAACGGAGAAAGCGAAUUUACAAUGGAUUAAGCAAAAUCCAAAAGUUCAUCGGGAAAAACAGAAGGAAAAGAGAGCAAAGCAAGCUAGAGAAAAAGACACACUUACCUUCACGAUUUCUUCGGCUCGGGUUUUCUAGCGCUUUUUCUCUUUUUGGCCGUGUGAUGAAGACUCUUGUUUCUCAACGUCUUUCGAAAUAUGUUAUAAAUUACCUUUUGUUGUGCAGUGCAAGACGUGAUUAAAAAAAAUAUGCAAAUCGAAAUCCCGGAUGAAAUCGCCAACGAAAUCCCGUGGAAACGUCAGCACUCUGCAGGAGGCGUUUCCGAUUAUGACACCUUUCGCUCUUCAGUACAGGUUCCCAAAAUCAUUUCAGCCAUAUCUCGCGUUCUUUUUAAUAUUUAGCAAUUCUUUUGCGGCUACUUUCUUUAACUAAAGAACAUUUUGACCAGAUUUUGUUGACAGUAACCGUGAUGUAUCAACUUCUCGCAAUUCUAAAUGAAAGGACGUGCGGGGGCUGACCGUACUUUACACCACCUUUAGAUAUUAACAUAGAUGAUUAAAAUCAAAGUUGAGCUACCAUUUUACAAGAAUAACUUUAUCUGUUCUGGUCCAUGUGAAAGAUCUGGCUCUUGCUGAUGUACAAGUUACGCUUUCUCAAAAUUAUCACCGUCGCAUGUAAUAGGCGCCUCUUAAACUGCGGAUAAGGAGCAGUUGCCUGACUGGAAAAUUGACUGCUCUCACUCAGAGCAUAGGCCUGAUUCCGCCUGAACCAGGUAGUUUAGAUUGAGAACUGAUCAGUUCCAGUUAUUGACCACACGGUCCGUGUGGCCAUUUCUGACCACAAUUAAUGGAAUUAAUUACUUUUUUCAAAGACCUAGUCUGGAAUAGUGAUAAACCAUCUUAAAUACAAUCUCAACUUAUUUAAGGCGUCAACGUAGCCAGGCACCGAAAGAAAAUGACCCAACUUCUACUUUAAGCCAUAUAAACUCCCUUUUGCAGGCCAUUAUUCUAAGGUUGCACAGUUUACGUGAAGGGAACUACACAAACGCUAACUGAUCUACAUAUCAAGGCCCAGUUGAUUGAAGUCCGAUCAGCGUUAACCCAGGGUUGAAUUUUAAUCUGUGUUUCUUUAUUCACAUCCUUAAAAGCCGGCCCAAAUUACUACUUAUUAUAUUAAGGUUAGAAACAUGUUUGGGGUGAACGAUUAGGGUGAAACCUAACGCCUCAUUGAUACAUGAAUCCGUGAGUUCCUUGUGUCAGACAAGGCCAAGAAAAAUUUUAGGCCCUCUAAAUCAUCCAAUCUUGUCAUGGCUCGCGCUCUGCAACAUCUCUCACGAUUUUGGAUUCUGCCGCCUUAAAUUUUCAAGUAAAGACGAAAGAGGCCACCUAUAUUUUAUUUGGUGGUAUUUGAAAAAUCACCGAUAAAUGGAAGCUUGUAAUAACUUGUACCUUUAGUAAAUUUACUUAACUUUGUAUCUUUACUUUACUUAACUGUCGCCUCGAGGAUUUUUGGCUUAAGUUUGUUUUAAAGCUUAUUCUUUUUUUUUUUUUUUUUUUUCCAAUUAGGUGAGAAGGAAAGGAAUUCCUUUUAAGAGUCACUCGAAGGUGUUGAAAAACGCCAUCUCAAACCAGACGUUUUGUGUUAUUGAUUUAAAAAAUUAUGUCAACUAAUGUAUUAAUAAGUCUUUUUUUUAUGUAAAGUGAGUGAAACUAAUGGUGCGAAUGCAAAUAUGCCAAACUACUCGAUGGGCCGGGUUGAGUUGCACGAACGCAAGGAAAAUCAGGUCUGGCGAUUUUUUUUCUUAAGUUGCGGCUCGAGUAGUCCGGCAUAAUUGCUUUUCGUCAAUGUCAAAAAUUUGUGUUUAAAGUUAAUUCAUUAGAAUUUUCAUUAGUAUGAAUUGUUAGCUUCCUUUUAGUGAAACGCGACUUAAUUAACCACUUCCAGUUUAUCAGCUGAUAAGAUUAAGACCAUAUUAUGGUUAUAUUUUAAUUGUUUUCUGCUCCGAGGGAUCACCACCUUAUCGUGGUGGGGCAGUUUGCAUGUCUCAAUGACCCUUAGAGCUAUGUCAGCUGGAGUCUUGCACUCCUGUUAGGGUCACCCUCACCGAACAGGUCGAAGGGUAGAGAUUAGACGAAGAGUGAUUCGCUGAAAGAGCUCUUUUUUUCGAAAUUCUUAGUUUAAGUGUUGAGCCAGAACCCUCUGUCAUCAUAGUAAAGUGGAUAGUCAAUCAAUAUAAGUGAUAUAUUUGAUAUCUUUGCGCUGUAGGUGGUAGGCUCUGAGCUAAGGAGAUAGUGAGUUAGAAAGUAACUUUUUGCCUUUGUUAACUUUGGAUCAUGAAAGUUUUAUUUGUAAAGGCGUUUUGGGUGUAAACCCUUAUAGAUUGAAACUUCUCGAUGAUUUUUUCCAAGAAAAUUCAAUUAAUUAGGGGUUCAAUUUAGUAGAGGCUUUCCCGUAUUACAAAUAAAACAUUUUAAUCUUAAUGAAGGUGUUUGUUUUGUCUUAAUCGCAUGACAGAUUGCAGAAUAUUACAAGGAGUUAAUUUUCAGGAACUUUGCGAAAACGAAACCUGAGCGCUUUUUUUAUGUAUGGCCGAAGAAUUUAGUGGAAUUUAUCUUCUCAUCAGUAGGAGUAAGACCAUUUUCAGCAAAGCGCUUGAAAUUGCCGAAAUUACUAUUGAUGUUUACUACCACCUAAACAGUAAUUUCUUUCUUUGUGAAUAUUUAAUUUCCAUCAGGUUGGUGCCAGGUGGGUGUCGGUGUAGGAACACCAUCAGACUGACAUUUUAGUGUCACUGUCUGACCAACCCAUAACAUAAGAGAUGAAGCGGUGGCCAUCUUCAAUUUUGGCGGGUCUAAGAAUGAAUAGGACAUAAAGUCACAAAUAAUCAAAAAGUGGCGGCGGCACAGCCUAAGUUUAUUUGAAUAAUUUCACGCAUAUCGCUGUUCCUAUUUUUCCAACCUUUACGCACGUUGUUCAGACAAACGCAGGCUGCAUUGUUAAGGAAACGACAAUAGCUAUUACCUUCCUAUCCCGUGGCCAGCAGCUAACCUGACCCGAGCCUCUUCACCAGACUUACUAGUAUAAAUAUCAAAAUUACUUAAUUACUAUUGCAUCUAUGUUUUAUUUCGCUUAGAGCAACUUCGGAAAAAUUAUGUGGAGCUAUUCCCCGGAUAACGGGCCCAACUUUGUAUUAGAGUCAAAGGAUCAUUGUGAUAAAUGGUACUCGUAGUUUACCAAGCUUUAGUUACUCAUCCCUAGAAGCAAUUUGAUUAAAAAUUUAGCACAAUUGCUUAGAACUUUUUGGCAAUUUGUCCCCUAAAGAGCAGAUGUAGUGAGUUUAAUUCAGAGCUCCUCCCAUCAUGUAGCAACUAAUAAACCAGC